UGAGACGAGUGUGUACGAGUCAACCCUCCCGGUUCGAAACCCACCCUUAACGCGGUUUUUUUUAUUUCAAAAAAUUAUUAUUUUUUUGACUAUAUGAACCUUUUGGUAUAUACGGGGGGGUGUUGUUACGAAACGAUGACAAGUAGUGACGUAUUCGUUUGGUGUUUUGUGCUGUUUUGUUAAUUAGGUUUUUUUUUUGUAUUGCCCCCAAAAGGAUUAUUGUCUGGAAAGGGAUGUGGAUGAGUUAUUAGGGUUGAGGGCUGCAGAAAAAGACUGACUACGAACAUGGACCAGAAGCACUAAACGCACCUCAACCAAAAUGCAAAUCUCCUCCUGUUGGCACCUGCUGUCCAUCAUGGCGUUGCAACACCUCCUAGUAAACGCGUGCUCCAUUUCCUGCACCUGCAAGUGGAAAAACGGCAAACGGACCGCCGAAUGUUCUGGAAAAAGUCUCGCCGACAUCCCGGACACCAUCGAGCCGGAAACCCAAGUGCUCGACUUCUCCGACAACAAUCUGGGUAAACUGGUCAAAGAGUUAUUCUUCAAGAAGCAACUGGUCAACCUGCAACGCCUAUAUUUAUCCCAAUGUCGCAUAAAAACGAUCCACAGGGACACAUUCAAGGGAUUAACCAAUCUGGUCGAGUUGGAUCUUACCGGGAAUUUCUUGGGGAGCGUACCGACCCUCGCCUUUCCGAAUUGUCCCUCCCUGAUGAAACUAACCCUUAGCCUGAAUCCAAUUAGGGACAUUAAGAGGUUGGCUUUCAACCAUCUGUCGUAUCUUAACACUUUGGAGCUUAGCGGUUGCGAGAUUGCCGAAAUUCAGGAGGGAGCGUUCCAAGGUCUUCACAGUCUGGAAUGGCUCUAUCUGCCCUCAAACCGUUUGAGAAACAUCGAGGGACCGCACACCAUCCCCAAGUCCUUAAAAGGGAUUAAGCUGCAAGGGAACCCUUGGGUUUGUGACUGUCAUAUUCAGCCGUUACACGAUUGGCUCAACACGUUUUCGGCCAUUUUGGUGAACGAUCCUCAGUGCGUGGAACCACCGCGGUUGAGGAAGACUAACGUGAGGCACGUGAGGAGGGAGGAGUUGGCCUGUUUACCGGAAGUGCAACCGACCACGUUGUAUUUGGAACUGAUGGAGGGAAAGAAUGUUUCUUUGCAGUGUCAUAUACAUGCUGUACCGGAAGCUACGGUGACUUGGUCCUUCGACGGUCAACUCCUGCAGAACAACAGCAACGUUGCCCCCGGCAUGCACCUCAUCUACUGGCUCGAAGAAGGUGCCGAAAAUAAAAAAAGCGAAUUGUUCAUCUACAAUGCAAACGCGGUUGAUAACGGCACCUACAUCUGCCACGCGGAGAACCUUGCCGGAGCCACCCAAUCCAACUUCACCAUCCGCAUAGUCUUAAAAGAAGAACCGACCGUGAUAAUCGUCGCUCUACCGUUUCAACAGUUGAUCUUCAUCGUGAUCGGCGUGUCCGUGGUGACUCUACUGAUCAUCACGUGCGCCAUCUGUUGCGUACUGAAAUGUCAAAGAAACAAACGACGUGAACAAGCGAAAGACCAACUGGACCCGUCCGGUGAGAACGAGAAGAACUGGGUGACUAAAUCGCACACUUUGUCACCGAAAGAGCGGAAUUUAAUAAAGGAGAAUUGCACGCAGAAUAGCAGUUGUACGAGUGCAGGUGGUACUACCGAGGAACUGGUGCUCUAUGGGAUCAGGGAAUGCGGUAUGGAGCAGUUCGGAAGUGGCAUGUCGCCCCUGAGGGUUAACCGAGGGCAAACCGUUAGCCCCCUCUCGCUUAGACGGCACCAAAUCCCUGACCAAAACCCGGACCUAAUCGACGGCACCGACAGUAUAGGGUGCCAAAGAAGGGCUGCAGGAGAUGGGGAGGACGGACGUCAGCAGCAGCAGCAGCAGCGGGGCGAGGGGUCGGACAAUAAUGGAAUGUCGGCGUGCAUCCGGAACGGUCGGGAAUUUCAUCCAGCAGGAGGAGAUCAAAGCGCUUUAGGUAUCCAUAUGGUGGUGGAUGGUCAGGGUUAUCCAGUGGACUAUGGAUUACCAAAGUUGCCCUACAGCUUAAAAUCGACCGCCUCGUCAUGUAUCAACGAGCAAUAUUACCGGACGUUACCCUGUAACCGGAUGAAAAGGCAUUCCGCCGCUAAUCCCCUCAAACGGUACUCAAGGGAAGUGGAAUUCCUAUCGAGGAGUAUCGAUAGCCCUUACGAUCAUUAUCACACGGCCGAUAUAAGAUAUACGGCGGACGGUUAUCCGGUACCACGUCAACCGUCGGGAAGCGGCGGUACCCCCCCGCCCGACUGGUCCCAACCGGCGGUGCCGAAAAAGUGCGCGAGCGCCCAAACCGACACCGAGGACGACACGAGCGAGUCGUCGUCGUACAUAAUCGUGCGCGGUAGUGUCGUGUGCGCGAGCGUACCGGAACAUCCCGAGGAACAUCCGAACGCGAACGACGUACUGACGGAAAGUCCCGACGAGGGUUACGAGGGCGAACCACCCUCAUCAGUUGUGUAGACUAAGUGAGACUUAAUCAAACUAAGACGCCCUGUAUAAUAUUUGUUUUCGCGAAGGUUGAGAAAUAUUCGAGAAUAUAAAGAUUAACGCGAAAAAGGAAUAAAUGUCACGAAGAUAAAUUCGCGCGAUAUACGCGAGCUCGUAAUAUGAACCGUAAAAGCCGUCGUGGAAAUUUGGGAAAAUUGUAUUUUCUCUCUGAUUUUUCGACGGGUAUGAUGAAGAUUUUCUCGUUUUGUGGGGGCCUUAAGGACGGACAGGAUAACAUAGAUAUAUUUUUUAGCAUAAAUUUACAUUUGUACAUAUACGACAACAUUCUAUAUAUCUACAGGGUCAUUAUUGUAACUACUAUUCUUCUAUAGGUUGUGCUAAAUGAAUUACUUUGGACAAUCGGAGGCGUAGAGUAAGGCGAUUUGUAUAUAUUCGUCUGUAGGUCUGUAGAUACGCUCUAUAGUAUGUUUUUUUGUUAAUAUAAUUGUACAGAUUACUAAAAAAAAAAAAAAUAGAAAACCCCAGCGUGCGCCUCUGAACUUAGUUUUUAAGGUAAAUUAGCGAUCUUUCCUAUAAUAGCGGUCUUAGCUCAAAAAAGUCCUUGUGAAUAAUGGUGAUUCCUUGUUUACAUUUUAAUGCAAUUUUGUGCUGAAACUAGAAGACUUAAUAAUAUCGGUUAUUUUACAUGUAUUUUAUGACGUUUCGGUGAAAUUCCAAGAAGUUUGAUGGGUCACAUGCUAUUAUUUGAUCAAAUUAAUGAGAUUUUUUUAAAAAGCUUUUGGCAUCUCGACAGCUGUUUGUCCUAAAUCGGCCUUGUUUUCUCGAAAUUUGUUAGAGAAUGCAAAAAUUUAAUCAUAUAGCAUGCAAAUUUUUUGAGUUUCCAGAACAUCACCCUGUAUACGUUCUUCUUCUCGUAAGAUAUUUUAAAAUGGCGUCUGCACGCUAUUUUGAAGUUUUCUUGAUUAAAAAUCAUUUAUUUUUUCUCUUUUACAAAGCGAUUUAAGGUAUCUGACAAAUUUUUGAACUUUUUAGGUUCCAAUAAUUAAUUUUCCAAGUUUCCAAUUUUAUCAAAUUUCCAGUUUUUCAUUUGACCAUAAUUUGGACCUUAGACUCAUUGAGUAACUUAAUCUCUGCGUUUUUACAGACUUUCUAACUAUUUGAUUUUGAAAGCCGCCACCCUUAAAAUCCCCAAAAUUGAACAUAAUUUCAAAAUACAGACUUUAAAACACUUUUUAUAUAGAAAAAGGCUCAAUGUCCAAAAAUAAAUGAUUUCCACUGGUUUUCCUAGACGAUAGUUCCCUAAAUGAAGAAAACGUACGUAUUUCUCAUAAUAAAUAACACAUAAUAUAAUAAAAAUAAACACUAUAUACAUUCCUGGUAAAUGUCAGUAGAUAUUGCAACGUAGGUAAUUGUUAUACAAAAAAAAAUAAUAAAUAAACAUACAUAUAUAUAUCAAUAGUAGAUGAAUUAAUUGUUAACGACGAUUUGUUUGUUUUAAUUUCGUGUCUAAAUGUGAAUAGAUUUUUCAAUAAAACAUGU